UCGCUCACAUCCUGUGCUAAGUUUAGGUUCAAGGAAAGUCAAAAACGUCUCAUAAGCGUUACUACAGGAUUUAGUUACGAUUUCGGAGCAAACAUCCCAGCCGUGCGCGCAUUGCCGACUAACAACCUCGAUAAUUCAUUACAUCGCAAAAAGACGGGCCGUACUCUAACUUCUUAGGCCAGCAACGCCAUGUCUUGGACAACGUCAUUGAUAUCCUGAAAACAGACGUGAAGCGAACAAGAAGACCUGCGCAAGAGCCUUAUUUACACCCCCGACUGCUGCGGAGUAAUAGAGAAAACACUAUUCUCACCACAAUCAAAUAUGUUUGGUAGAUCCAUUCUGAGUUUUGGCGCGUUGCUCGCCGCCGUCGUUGCGCAGACUGCACCUGGAUUCCCAAUCAAAGCGUCGGAAGAACUAAGCGUUAACUAUGGCACGAACACGAUAUCUCCGCCGGGCGAGCGCGUUCCUCGUAACGACACCGCCCUGCCUCCCAGUAACAUCACCAUCCCAACAUGGCCAACCAGGGCGAACAGGACCCAGCUCGCGGUCCUCCUCCUAGUUGACCUGGACGUCCCCCGCAACAACACACGCGUCCAACUCCUCCACUGGCUCGCAACAAACAUCUCCAUCCCCGCCGCGCUGGCCCCUCCAGGCCGCCAACUGCAACUCAGCCUCGCCUCCAACGACACAAACCCAGACGCAGUGCCGUACCUCCAGCCCUCGCCGCCGCCCGGCGACGUGCCGCACAGCUACACGUUCGUCCUGUUCGCGCAGCCAGCUGAUUUCGCUCUUCCGGUGCAGUACGCGAAUCUCACGGGGAACCGCGUGGGGUUCAACACCAGCCAGUUUGUAACGGAUACGCGGCUCGGCUCGGCGGUGGCGGCGAAUUGGUUUACCGUGCAGAAUCUCACGGGGACGCCUACGAUGACUUUCCCCCCUGCGAGGGCGACGGAGACCAAGGUCGGGCCGGGGAAUGAGGAGCCUUCUGGUGUGCCGAGUCCUGGUGCGGGUGUGGCUUUGAGGGGUGGAGGGACGGCGGCGGUGUGGGCUGGGGUUGUGACUGCGUUGUUUGCUGGGGUGGCGGCUUUUGGGUUGUAGAAGCGUUGGUAUAGCAAGUGUAAAACUAACGACGGCGAUGGGCUGAGUAAUUCAACCUUCUGUGCUCUCAAGCAAAGUGUAAAGCGACUUCCUAUAUUGUUCUGAAAAACAAAGUCUUUCGAGAUGUUUAUUAUCGAGGUACACAAUCACUUUAGUGCAUACUUGAUAUGCAUAGACGAAGAAA